GCUGACGGGCUUUGAACGCCGCGCAUUCCACUGCUCACAACACAGGCAAUUCCACCGAACGACCAACAGCUGUCCGGGAGCGGUUUUUACUCCUGACACACCAUUUAUACGCGUAGAAACUACUCUCCUUGCCAGAAUUUAUGGUUGUGUCAGGCAUGUCCAAUCAGUACAAGCGUCCAUCCAUCACCAGCACAGGAGGGAAGAGGCGCUCAGGCAGCACCAAGUUCGAGCUCACAGAAGAGCAGAAGAACGACAUCCAGGAAGCCUUCAAUCUGUUUGACCCCAAUGGCACAGGCACCAUUGACCCCAAGGAGCUCAAGGUCGCCAUGAGGGCCUUGGGCUUCGAACCCAAAAAGGAAGAAAUCAAAAAGAUGGUCGCAGAGAUCGACAAGGACGAGAGCGGCAAGAUAAAGUUUGAAGAGUUCCUGCACCUCAUGACAAUCAAGAUGGCUGAGAAGGAUGUCAAGGAAGAGAUCCUCAAGGCAUUCAAGCUCUUUGAUGAUGACAACACCGGGAAGAUCUCCUUUGACAACCUGAAGCGCGUUGCAGAGACCUUAGGAGAGAACCUCACCGACGAAGAGUUGCAAGAAAUGAUUGAAGAGGCAGAUCGCGACGGUGACAAUCAGAUCAACCAAGACGAGUUUUUCCGUAUAAUGAAGAAGACAAGCUUAUAUUAGCCUGAGCAGUGCCAUAAUAGUUUAUGUGGA